GGCGGGGAAAUGCGACUCAGUAUCUGUUUCCUGUUUCCUGGUUGGGGUCCAGAGUUGCUGGUUUUGUGGACUCUAAUCGUGUGCCUGUGGGUUUUCUCAAUUAAUAUUGUACAAGUCUCCUCACCACUUUUAUUAUUUAACAAAAGGAGGCAGUACCGCCACAUUUGUCUGCAAAAGGGAGAGAAAGCAGAAUAAAAUUAAUUUGAAAACAUGAAGAUACUUUAAAAAAUGGGCAAAAAACACAGCCAUUCGGCAGAGCCGAGGAGCCCUUCGUAGCAGCGCGGCGCACGGAAAAGGCAACCAAUCAUCACGCAGCGACUCUCUAUAUAAACCCCCAGCCGGCGGUUCCCGGGACACGCCGUUCUGACAGUUUAAGCUUACUUUUUGUCUUUCCUGGCUAAACAGAAAAAUGUCGGAGACUGCUCCAGUUGUUCCUGCUGUUCCCGCACCUACAGAGAAAACACCUGUUAAGAAGAAGACAAAGAAAACGGGCGCAGCUGCUGGAAAACGCAAGGCGUCCGGGCCCCCGGUGUCCGAGCUCAUCACCAAGGCUGUCGCCGCCUCCAAGGAGCGCAGCGGCGUGUCCUUGGCCGCGCUGAAGAAAGCGCUGGCGGUCGCUGGUUAUGACGUGGAGAAGAACAACAGCCGCAUCAAGCUGGGUCUUAAGAACUUGGUGAGCAAGGGCACCCUGGUGCAGACCAAGGGCACUGGCGCUUCAGGUUCUUUCAAGUUCAACAAAAAGGCGGCCACCGGGGAAACCAAGCCCAAGGCUAAGAAGGCAGGCGCGGCCAAGCCCAAGAAGGCUGCUGGGGCAGCUAAGAAGCCCAAGAAGGCCACGGGCGCGGCUACCCCCAAGAAGGCCGCUAAGAAGACCCCUAAGAAAACCAAGAAACCGGGGGUGGCUGCUGGGGCCAAGAAGGUGGCCAAGAGCCCGAAAAAGGCGAAGGCAGCCAAGCCGAAGAAGGCGGCUAAGAGUCCGGCCAAGGCCAAGGCCCCCAAAGCCAAGGCAACCAAGCCUAAAGCUACCAAACCCAAGGCUACAAAGGCGAAGAAGGCGGCCUCCAAGAAGAAGUAAAUCGGUAGCGGGACGUCCUACUUUGCAAAUCUCAAAGGCUCUUUUCAGAGCCACCCACUAAUUUCAGAUAAAAGAGCUUAGCCGGAUAUGUUUCCGUAGGUAACCAACAAGCCUUGUAAUAAGGUAAAAUUCUUUUUUAAACUUAAGCAAUUUUUUUAAACUUGCCGCCCUAACGUGAUUGGCUAUGCGUCAGGGUGCGCGCGCACCGCCACGUACAAAGCUCUCCGAAUGUUGUGAUCACAGUCCUCUAAUGAGAGUUUAGUGGCUCUCAAAAGAGCCUUUGCGGCAGAUUCACUUGCCCUUGGCCCUGUGGUGGCUCUCGGUCUUCUUGGGCAGCAGCACGGUCUGGAUGUUAGGCAGUACGCCGCCCUGAGCGAUGGUGACUUUGCCCAGCAGCUUGUUGAGCUCGUCGUUGCGGAUGGCCAGCUGCCGGUGACGCGGGAUGAUACGCGUCUUCUUGUCACGGGCCGCGUUGCCCGCCAGCUCCAGGAUCUCGGCCGUCAGGUGCUCCAGCACCGCUGUCAGGUACACCGGCGCGCCGGUCCCGACCCGCUCGGCAUAGUUACCCUUGCGAAGCAGGCCGUGGACUCGACCCACGGGGAACUAGAGCCCGCCCCGCGAGGAGCGGGUCUUGGCCUUUGCUCGCGCUUUGCCGCCCUCUUUUCCUCGUCCAGACAUGUUAGGAAAGAAAUAGUGCAGCUUGAGGAAAGGGUUAUUAUAGUCUCUGGAUGUUUCUAAAAUUUCUAUUCCCAUUGGUUUGCAGAGGCUAUUGAGAGAGUUAACCAAUCAGAACGCACUUCUGGAGUUACUUGCAUGGGCUCCAGGAGAAAAUACUGCACCAAUUAGAGGCUGAGAUAUUAAGACUUGUAUUGAUACAUACUUGGAAGCAGUUGGAAAGCUUGGAUUUUUCCGCUUGAUAAAUGUAGUCCUAUUUUGGGGGAGUAUUCAUGCUAUUGUUAUUCUGCCUAAAUCUGCAUAAUUGUUGCUACCACCCUGACACCAAGGGAUAGAAAAAAGUAAGCUACCCCUGGCGGUUUAUAAUUUACGCUUUUCUUUGCCAGAUUUUUUUCCCCCUCAGAUGUUGACAAGAUCCAGGGAGCUGGGUUGGUGGUCUAAUAUCUUUUGGUGAAUAGGCAACAAACAGGGAGGCAGAAACAAGUAAAAACCGUUGAUAAAGGGAACGAGAUUGCUUAGAGAGCACCUUGAGCUGGAAUAACCAGGGCAAAAUAAAUGCCUCUAGGAAGAUGGGUUGACCUGAUAUUACAUCAUUUCCCCUUCAUCCCUGUUUUUGUUGUUGUUAUUUUCUGAGGAAGGCCACUCGAUUUUAUUGGCAAAUCUUGACCAAAAUCUGAGUUCUGCAGACCAUUAGGGGGUUGUAAACAUGGAUGGGGAAAAAUUACAUCUUUAUUUUACCAAACUCUAAAUGCAGCUAAGCAUUUCCUUCAAGUGUAUCUGUAGGCAGCUAAUCACAAUGGAUUUUGCAGUGCCUCUGACUUUUUCAACAGUGGCCAUCACAGAUGUUCUUGGAUCACUUUGAAGAUAUUGCAGAUAUCUUGAAAUAAAAUUUACAUCAUUCUGAUUCCUUGAAACUGA